CAAAGAGGAGGAAAUUUCUUUUAUUAAACAAAUAAAAAAUUAUUAUUUUGACAUUUUUAUAAAAGCAAACGUAGCAGAAACUUUAUUGGCAGGUGUGCACAUUUAACAAACAGCAAAGAUGUCGAAAAACAACAGCACAAUGUCGCACAACUCCAGUAAUAUGUCGCUUGAGGAUUGGACCGAUCACAUUAACACGCGUCUGGAUGUUAUCUAUAAAGAUCUUUGCGACUUUGAGCAAAUCAUGACUACACAAAAUGACCAUAAUGAAGGCGGCGAAGUUAAACUGAUGGAGUUACUGGAAGAUAUUAAUGAAAUACAACGCACCGCACGCAGUAUACGCCCCAUUACGGGCACAUUGAAGGACAAACAAGCGCAUAUGCGUGAACAAAUGGAGAUGCUGCAACGUUCAGUGGAGUUGUUGCAGUUGGAGAAUAGAACGCGUGCCGUGGACAUUACGGAAGAGGCGAUGGAGUGACAGUUAUAUUAAAAAUAUAUAAGCAAGCGUGCAUUUACAUCGUCAGGAACAUACAUACAAACAUUUUGCGUGUCUAUUACAGUGCGACAAAAUGUAUGCAUUUAAUUAGCUUUUAAUUUCCAUUAGACUUGUAAGCAUUAAAGUAGUAUUAUUAAUAUAAUUUUGGAGUAGUAUGUAAGUAUGCGUGUAUUUUAGUGAAUUAAGCAUAAUUUAUUGGCGCUUAGCUGAAAUAAAUAAGUUAAAAUUAUGUUGAUAUUAA